GGGGAAAGCGCUCCGCCGGGGCGUGAGCAUCUACGGCCAGCCGCGCGCCUCGGCGUCGGGCGGAGCGGAAGACGCGUGGAGCUGUGCGAGGACCCUCGGGCUGUGCAGAAAUAGAUGUUAAACCUCGGUUCAAGUAGGAAACAAAAUGUCUCUCAGUCCACCCAAAUUUCUCAAAGUAAGGGAAGAAAAUAAUUCCAAGCUUGUGGAAAUACAACAGUCACAAAAUACUUCGAUAGCUUUAGAAGAUCCUCUUCAAAACUUGUGCUUGGCGUCACAGGAAGUUCUUCAUAAAGCUCAGCAAAGUGGGAGAUCAAAAUGCCUCAAGUGUGGUGGUUCAAGAAUGUUCUACUGCUACACAUGCUAUGUUCCAGUUGAAAAUGUACCCAUGGAACAGAUGCCACUUGUGAAGCUUCCAUUGAAGAUUGACAUCAUUAAACAUCCAAACGAAACAGAUGGCAAAAGUACUGCCGUACAUGCAAAACUUUUAGCACCUGAAUUUGUAAAUAUUUACACGUAUCCUUGUAUCCCAGAAUAUGAAGAACAGGACCAUGAGGUUGCACUUGUUUUUCCUGGGCCCAAGUCUGUCUCAAUAAAAGAUAUUUCUUUUCAUCUGCAAAAAAGGAUUCAAAAUAAUAUUAGAGACAAAAAUGAUGAUCCUGACAGACCAUCUAUUAAACGCAGGAAAAAUGAAGAACAGGGUUUGAAUGACAGCAAAUGCAAAGGUGCAAUACUGAAAAAAAUUAUAUUUAUAGAUAGCACCUGGAACCAGACAAAUAAAAUAUUCACUGAUGAGAGACUUCAAGGGCUGUUACAAGUUGAGUUGAAAACAAGAAAAACUUGCUUUUGGCGCCAUCAAAAAGGAAAGCCAGAUACCUUCCUUUCCACAAUUGAAGCCAUUUACUACUUCUUGGUAGACUACCAUACUGAUAUAUUAAAAGAGAACUACAAAGGACAAUAUGACAAUCUUUUAUUUUUCUACUCAUUUAUGUAUCAGUUAAUAAAGAAUGCCAAAGGCUCUGGAGAGAGAGAAACAAGAAAACUUAUCCACUAAUUUUAAGAAGCCACUUUUUAUCAUUUUAUUUUCAUAAAAAAGUCAAUAAAGGAAUGCAUUGCUUAUUCU